UCAAUCAAAUCAAGACUUGCAACCGGCGUUUGCAGUCCGUGAAGGUCCACCACUGAGUGAGUGGUUGUGGGGUUUUGUUUGGCGGUCAUGUCCAAGCUAGGAACCAGGAGCGUGAGGGAUGGAGAGACAGACCUGUCCUGCGAUGGACAAGCCGAGAGCCCUCUUGGAUCAAAAGAAGAAGAAAGCAAGCAGAAAGUGGCAUCCAGGCAAAUUGUGUGGAGGAAUGUCAUCUUAAUGGCCUUGCUUCACAGUGGGGCUUUGUAUUCCUUUCUUCUCAUUCCCAAGGCCCAUUUGUAUACUCUGAUCUGGGCAUACAUGUGUUUCCUGGUGUGCGCUCUGGGUGUGACAGCGGGUGCCCAUCGCUUGUGGAGUCACAGAUCUUACAAAGCCAGACUGCCUCUGCGAAUAUUUUUGGCUGCAGCCAAUUCAAUGGCAUUUCAGAAUGAUAUUUUUGAGUGGGCUCGAGAUCACCGAGUGCAUCACAAAUACUCCGAGACGGAUGCUGACCCACAUAAUGCCCAGCGGGGGUUCUUUUUCUCCCAUAUCGGCUGGCUCUUUGUCCGGAAGCAUCAUGACGUCAUUGAGAAAGGAAAAAAACUGGAUUUCAGUGAUUUGUUGGAGGAUCCGGUGGUGCUUUUUCAGAGAAAGUACUAUAAAAGUUCGGUUGUGUUGAUGUGUUUUGUCAUUCCUACUGUUGUGCCUUGGUAUUUCUGGGGCGAGAGCAUAUGGAAUUCAUACUUCUUGGCUUCUAUUCUCCGCUACACCAUUGCCCUCAACGUUAGUUGGCUAGUCAAUAGCGCUGCUCACAUGUAUGGAAACAGGCCCUAUGACAAAAGCAUCAACCCUCGGCAGAAUAGCUUUGUCACUUUUGGAGCUAUUGGAGAAGGUUUCCAUAAUUACCACCAUACCUUUCCAUUUGAUUAUUCAGCCAGCGAGCUUGGCUUGAAAUUCAACCCAACCACAUGGUUCAUUGACUUGAUGUUUUGGUUGGGUUUGGUCACUGAGAGGAAGCAAACAGCGAAGGAGAUGAUCAAAGCUCGCAAAGAGAGAACUGGAGAUGGUACUUCUUGAGAAACACACCGAGUCUUGAAUUUUGAUGCUGCUGUAUGUGUUGUUUGUAUGUUUCUUCAUGGGGGUGGGGAGCUUCUGUCCCAAACCUUUCCCUUGUAAUGAAAGUAGUAUUUUUCUUUGAAUGAUGGCCAAAUUCAUUACUGGAUAAAUGUAAUUUUACUUUAGUGCAGUCCUUUUUCUAUGGCAGAAAACACUUUAAAUGUUCAUUCAAGAUGUGAAUGUUUGUUCUAGCCUGCAAUUUUUCCAAAUUGUAGUGCCCUUCAGAUGAGUUGAACUCUAGUUCCCAUAAUCCAAAGGCAAAUGUGGCCUUUGGACA